CCACACACCAAGGACAGCUCACAUUUGAACAUCGUCCUGCAUUUUCUCAUCUUUCUGAUUUAUUCUCACUGAACAAGGGAGAAAGAUCAUGGAUUGCUACAGGAAGUAUGCAGCUGUCACUUUGACCAUUUUGUCUGUAUUUCUGCAUCUUCUUCAUACUUUCCCAGAUGGAGAAUUUCUCAUGCAGGGUUGUCCAGAGUGCAAGCUAGGGGAGAACAGAUUCUUUUCAAAACCAGGAGCUCCCAUUUACCAGUGCACUGGGUGCUGUUUCUCCCGGGCCUAUCCCACUCCAAUGAGAUCCAAGAAGACCAUGCUUGUUCCAAAAAAUAUUACAUCAGAAGCAACGUGCUGUGUAGCAAAGGCUUUUACCAAGAUUACCCUUAAGGACAAUGUGAAGAUAGAGAACCACACAGACUGUCACUGCAGUACCUGCUACUAUCAUAAAUCUUAAAGCCUGUCCCUUUGUUAAUGAUCAAGGACAACGGUGAAUGGAAUAUUUGUUUUUCAGCUUUUAUAGCACCGCUGUGUAUAAUCUUGUGUUUUCUGGUCAAGACACCGAGUAGACUUUUGAAUGAGAUGGAUGGCUGUUUAUUCCUCUUUGCUUCUUCAUGCAUUUAAGUAAGUUUAACUAUUUCCAUUAGGGAUUAGAUGCAGCACUUGCAUGACAACCAUAAGCUUGAUCUGUUUUUAAAAUAAACUGUCAGAUAAAUCGUCGAUGUUGCUUGAGGAAAAAUGAUGAUUUCAUAGCUUAAAACAGC